AUGUUUCCAUUCGAUCGAAUAGGUGUUGUUCAUUUAGUUCGUAUUGUUACCGAAGUCUCGCUUAUUCUAUUCUUAUUUAUAUUUGGUACAUGCCGAUGUGGUACUUUAUUAGGUUUCAAUGAUACGAAUUCUUUAUGUUUUUUAAUCACAAUUAUUAUCAUGGCGUCAACAGAUAUCUAUCAUGUUCUUUUAGCAUUAUUUACGUUAGAAGCAUUACGACGUGAUACACUAUUUCAUAUGAUAUUCUAUAGUAUAAUGAGUUUAUUAGCUCUAAUAUGUUGUUUUUUUUCCAUCGUGUCCUACACAUAUUGCACGCAACAUCAUUUCAAUAUACUAUGCUCUCAUUAUUCAUGUAGAGUUCUAUGGAUUAGUAUUUCUUUAACGUUCAUGUUAACAUUUAUGUAUAGUGCUUCAGUAAAAUUGAUUUGUUGUUUACGUGAUCGAAAUAUGGGUUAG